AUGGCUGCCGACCUCACGAUCAACCCAGCAGACGGUCCAAAAGGCCAGACAAGCACACAGUUUGCAGUCCUGGCACUAAGUCGGUCCUCCCGAGUCCGCCUCAUCGACUUCCCCGAAGACAUCUUCAAAUCCAUCGAGCCCGUGCUCCGCAGCUCAUGGCCGCCCGGCAUCAAGUCGGAGCAGUGGAACAAGGGAGCAUACGAGUACAUCCUCAAAGAGAAGCCCUGGGGCCUCUUUGGCGCCACGGCCGGCAUCUGCGCACACUACCUGCUCCGAGACAUCCUGCGCUUCCUAUACGAGCACGGCUGGCACCUCGCGACGCCCAUCUCGGCAAAUUCAGCCCCGCAGCCCUGCGAUAGCUUGUUAUUCAGACAUACGCCUUCUCCGAGUGGUACUCCUGCCGCGCAGUUCAUGGCCGUGCAGAUCAGCGGCGCGGCCCAACUAACCUUGCACGGCGCCGACGACGAGAUGGUCGAUGCAUUCCAGCAGGUGCUUGUGCGGAUGGGCGUGCUGGAGGGCGCUGCUAUGCCAGUGCAGGAGUCGCACACGUUCAAGCUGCGGCAGGCGGCGUGGUACAACAUCGAGGAGAAGACGAUGCGCAUGCGCAGGUUGAUAAUCGCGACUGCGCAACUCAUGGAGGCACGGGGUUGGGCCACCUACGGGACGAUUCGGCAGCGGGCGGGUUCCAAGGAUGUCAGGGUACCGGACUCGUGGUACUUCAUCAAAGUGCCGUCGUAG